UUACACGAAAUGCUCUACGUCCCGCAAAAUUUACGCAAUGUGGGCAUUUACAUGUACAUCCAGUGUGCACCAGAUAGUGGAAACUGCAGCAGCAGAUAUCUCAAUAAAAUUGACCAUAAUAAAUUACACUGUGAGUGACUAGGGAGACCCUGCUGAGCUGAAAGUAAUACAUCAUUUCGAAAGAAUGUCUACGUCAAAAUCUGGCCUGGGACAGGAGUACACUUCUCCAGCUCGACACUCAAUGUCGCCUAGUACCCUGACACCCAUGUCAUCCGAAACCCUGCCCAGCAUGAGUGGGGCUACGCUGACCAGUGCAGAGAGGCGGCACUACAACCGUGCCCUGAGGGAGCUCUGCAAACUACUGCGUUUGGACAGCCAGAGGUUAGAGGACACAAUGCAUCGUGGAAUUGACAGGGAGGGGGAUCAGAGUCGGAGGGAAAUGACCCUGGCAGAGGAUGUUGAGGAAGACGAAGGAUCCUCCCUGCGGGCAUCCGAUGAGGUCCCGAGUGACUCUCCUCACCAGUUGUAUGAGAGCGAGGAAUACUUUGUGCCUAGGUACUCCCACCAGAAUGCACCCAAAAUGAAGAAGACGAUGAACAGAGAUGACCCAUCCUUCUACCGAGAAGAGCCAGUUCAUAAGAUGGCAGCAGUGCAGGAUGUGUAUGAGGAGUUGGCUACAAUCAACAGGAAACUGCAGCGAGAAAGUGCCAUUCUUCAUGAGCAGGAGUUGGCCCUCAUGGAACGAGAGAGGGCACUUGUUGACUGCGAGCAGGCGAGCCUCAUUGAGCAGGAUUCCACAUUGCGCAAUGCGCAAAAAGAGGUAGAACGCCGAUGGGCUGUGUUGAAGGAGCGACACCAAAGUGAACUUUCUAAGAUGACAGACCAGCUACAGGAUAAGACAAAGGAGACAAGGCGACUGAAGGCUUCCUUUGACACCCUGAAGCAGGCCAACGACACCUUACGGCGACAGCUGAACGAAGUCCAGGAGCAGAAUAAGAAGCUGGAAUCUCAAGCUGUUAGCGUGCAGAGUCGCUUGGCCAACCUGCAGCGCAAGCAGGAACUUGGUGAGAGACAGAGGGCACUCAACAGUGUGUCUGCUAAAGCAAGGGCUGAGAGUCGUCCAGUGUCUGUUUCCAAAGACACAAUGGAGGCAAUCAAGACCGCAGGGGUGUCCAAACUGAGCAAGACAACAGCCAUUUAUGACGUCCUUGGUUUCAUGCUUGCAUGGCUGAGUGAAGUUCAUCUCCAGAAUGUCCAGACGGAUGACAUCAAACAGCCUCUAACAUUGUUGCCUGCAUCCGCCGUCACUAAAGAACGUUGCGCCAAAAUACUGCCCUCACUUGUUGAGGUUCUACACAGUUUGCCGGCAGCAAGUUUCAAGAUGCAUCUGCCAUGCCUGCAGUUCAUUUAUUGGUCAUUGGUGCAUCUGGACCAGGGUCAAGUUUCACAGCCACGCAACCCCCUUUCCUCUACCUAUCGUCGGCUUGGAGAGGAGUUGUAUAAACCCACGGUGGUUCGAUUUGCUGGAGCAGUGGAUAACAUCAAGACACCAGAGGGCCUGCACGAAAAACCCAAAGCAGCUGUGUUCUUCAGGAGUCCCAACCUUCACAUCAGGAUGCUGUCAUGUCUCAUCAUUUUGAAGACUCUGUCUCAAGUGGACUACCUGGCACAGGUGUUUGACGUCCUGCGGAUGGAUCUUAAGGAGGAUUCAGCCAAGGAGCUGUAUUUGCGUUACCGAGCCACGCAGGCAGUCGUGCCUUACCUGAAGACAACCCACAAGGCCCUGAUAAGCAGCGCAGUAGACGUCUUCCUCCAGAUGUCCAUGGAAUCAGCACUGACACAAGAGUUUUUGGAAAGUUGUAGUACAGAUGUGUGGUUCAGAGCCUGUGCUACGGUACUCCGCACACCCAACCUAGAUCCCAAGCUCUGGGAGAAGCUUAGCAUCAUAUUGCAGAAGCUCUCAAAAAUCAAAACCAACAAGCGCCACUUUGAAGUGCAGGGCAUCACGGGCAUCGUGCAGGACUUAUUACGGACAAGUGGUCAAGAAAAUACAUUCUUAAUGCUCAAUCUCAGGUCUAUCUUGUUCAAUUUUAAUGUUGCCAAGAGAUCGCCUACAUCGUAAUUGUGAUGUGGUUGUAUCUAUAUCCAGUGGCCUCAAGAUUUUUGGUGCUCUUGACUUGCAGUUGGAAGAUUUGGUGUUCAGGUUUGUGCAAGGCUGAUUUUAAUAGCACCCACAUCCUUCAGAUGGCCAAGUACAUGUAGCGGGCAUUAUUACCUAAGGACGGUUCAGAAGAUUGAGCAUCUAACCUCUCAUAGGCAACCCCUCCACACCCUAAUCGCAUUGCAAAUUCCUUGCUCCAGGUUCUUCAAAUUUUUGUUCAAAGUGCAAUUCCAAGCACCAAACGUUGACUUUGGUGACUGAUGUUUUUAUUCAUUUAUUUUUUUGGGGGGGGAGGUUAAAAAAGAUGAGCAUACCAAAACCGAAGUAGGGUACGUGUAGCAUGAGUAGUUGUAACUCAGUUUGUCAAUAAACAUCCCCACUGGACGUUUUACGCCUGUGUUAUUAUUGCAUUUGCAAAGACAUUAACUUCUCAGCCAUGUUGUGUUUCCAGUUUGUCUAUUGCCUCAACUUUGUCCAAGGCCAACUUCGGGUAGAUGCAAAACUUUUGUUGGGGUAAACACUAAAUGAGAAAAAGAACAUCAGUGAGAGUUAAGUAUCAUUAAAUUGUGUUGAAAAUGAAAUUAAAAGGAACCACAGCACAGGUAUGUGACAAAUAAAUUAUGCAUAAAUUAUGUAAAAACCAUGUGGAAGCUGUCAACAGCCCAAUUUUCUUAUUCAACACAUUUAAUUAUCCCUUUUGGCUUUUCCUGAAGGUUGCUGAAAAGCCAUAGUUUCUGUCAAUGUUUUUCCCUUUUGUUUUCUUCGUUUCCUUAGUUUUUCUGUCUAUAAUCCAAUAGGUUUUUUACAUCAUUUUUCUCAGUGGCACUUUUGCCAGUUUUAAAUCGUUAAUCUUAAUCAAACUAAAACCAAGUUAAGAGUUAGGCUAAAUUUGUGCUCUGAACAUUGACGUCGUAAUGAUGUCAUCACAAGUCACAUGACAAGCCAUUAUUGGCUGAUUUUUUUCAAGGUCAAUAUCUCUGAUACAAGUCUGAUUAUUAAAUUUUGUUUUCCUCCUAGACUCUUAUGUGUCGUAGACGGAAAUUAAGAUGAAGUUAUGAUGAUAGCUUUUGUGAAUUAUUGUAUGUUCCUUGUUUCAUUAUUCUUCUUGGUGUUUGCCUCUAAUAUCUUUUU